GCCAGUCGCUUUGUGUCCUCCGUGGUUGUGAUCAUCUGAACCGAACUGCUGAUACUAGAAUGAAGACCACGCUUGUGUUAUUCGCCCUGGCGGCGGUCGCCCUGAGUUACCCGGUCGGAGAACCUGAGGCUGACAAGCCCAAGAACGUCCUGCCUCUAGUCAUCACCGAGUAUUCCAGUGUAGCUAAGAGUGACGACUCUAAGGGAUCCGCUGUGGCCGAAGCCAAGCCGGAAGCCAAACCCGAAGCUAAGCCUGAAGAAAAGCCUGCCGAAGCUCCAGCUCCAGCCCCACCAGUAGAGAAGCCAAUUGAGAAACCCGCUGAGGCCGCCGCAGCCCCAGCUGCCGAGGAGAAGAAAGAAGCAGUUAAGGAGGAACCUAAGCCACAAGAUAAGCCUGCUGAGGAGAAGAAACCUGAAGAGCCCAAGCCUGCGGACGAAAAGAAAGAGGAAGCUAAGCCCGCAAAUGACGCUCCCGAAACACUCCCAGUACCUGUCCCCGUAGAAGCCUCAGCAGCAAAGAAAGAAGAUGCACCCGCUGUGGCCACCAAGAAAGAGGAUGUUAAGGAAGCAGUUGCUGAAGUAAAACCUGAAGAGGUCAAGGAAGCCGCCGCUAAGCCCGAGGAACCAAAACCCGCCGAGGAAGCUAAGCCUGCCGAAGAAGCUAAACCUGCUGCAGAAGUGAAGGAAUCAGUCGGUACCGCUGAAAGCACAGUAUCCGAAACCAAAGCGGACGCCCCUAAAGAGGCUGAAAAGGUUGUAGAGUCACCAAAGGAAGACGAAGCUUCAGUCCAAGACGCUAAGUCCUCUGUGGCAGCUAUUGCUGAAGAGCCUGCUGCUGCCACCGUAGCAAAGGAAGCUCCAGAGGCAAAGAAAGAAGAGGUAAAAGAAGAAAAGAAAGAAGAAGAGAAGCCUAAGGAAUCCGAGCCAGUAAAGGCUGAAGAGGCUAAGAAACCAGAAGAAGAAGCGAAGCCAGAAAAGAAAGAGGAAGAGAAAAAGGAGGAAGUGAAGAGUGAGAAGCCCGAGGAAGAGAAGGAGGAGAAGAAGGAAGAAAAGAAAAAGGUCGAAGAAAAGUCAUCUGAAGAGAGUGACGAGGAAAAGGACGUUAAGAAGGAUGGGAAGAAGGAUGUAAAGAAGGAGGACGAAUCAAAGGAGGAUGAAAGUAAGGAAGAGGACAAAAAGGAGGAAAAGAAGGAAGAGAAGUCCGCGGAGAAGAAGGAGAGGCGUAAGAGAGAAUCAAAAGAGAAGGUUGAUGAGAAGAAGCCCACCGAGGUGAUAAAAAAGGAAGAUACACCAAAAAAAUCCAAAGUUGAUGAAAAGCAGAUUGACGGAAAGAAAGUAGAAAAGGUCCACCCACCAACAGAGGAAAAGAAACCAGCUGCAGAGAUGAAAGAUGAGAAACUAGAGGAAGUCAAACCAGAAGAAGUUAAGCCCGAAGAACCAAAGCCAGCGAAAGAAGUCGACAGCGAUCACUCCACAGACGCCGCGAGGAGUUAAGCGCACUAGACUAGACUUAGCCCUUCUGGGUAUCUGUGAUUUCCGCGUGCAGUGAGCGAGUGCGAAUCCCUUUCUUGCUAAAAGAUUAUUUAUGACCCACCUAGAGACAGUUCACUCUUCUAGCGGGGAAGGGAGUCUGUGUUCAAAGGUUGCACUCUUGAUUUGAUCGUCCUUCUAUUCCUCACACUUAGAUCCGUUGAUGUAUAAAUGUUAGAUUACUGUUCUAUAUUAUAUAUAGAAUCUUAUAGCGUAGAGACUGUGACUGAACUGUUAUGUAUGAUUAAGUUAAGUGAUUCUAUGUAUGUAUUUGACGCGUACAAGUGCCUUGUAUGUUAUUUUUACAGAUAUCAAAUAAAGAGUGCCGAUUUUUAUAA